GCUGUGGUUCGGGCGGCACCCCCGUCAGUCAGUUCGGACCAGGAUAACUACGCCGAAGCUCGGCCCAGGUUAGGGAGAGGUGGCCCGCCCAGCCCCACGCGGGACAGCAACUCCCUCCCCCCCGACCCCAGAUGCCACGGCCCGUGGGGACCCAAGAGGCUCGGAGUAAGCAUUCAGUCGGGAAGCUCUGGCCCUGGCCUGGACCAGUCGUGCUCCUGAUCUGGAUAUAUCUCUGCUGUGGUCUGGAGGGGAGGACUCAGGGAAGGUCUGGGUCCAGUGAGUGGACGCCCUGGGGGGCCUGGAGUGGCUGCUCCAGCACCUGCGGCCAGGGGGCCUCAGUGCGCAGUCGGAGAUGCCUUCGGAUUCCCCGGGAACAUGCCUGCGGGGGAGAUUCUCAUCAGUACCGCCUAUGCAGGCUCUCUGAAUGCCCCUCUGGUGCCAUGCCCUUCAGGGAGCUGCAGUGUGCCCUCUACAACAACAGGCCUGUUCUGGGCAACCAGGCCACCUACCAGUGGGUGCCCUUCUAUGGAGCUCCCAACCUGUGUGACCUGAACUGCUUGGCCAAGGGCCACACUUUCUACUACACCUUUGGGCGAGUACUGGAUGGGACCCCUUGUAGCCCAGACUCUGAGGGCCUUUGUAUCAACGGCCGAUGCCUUACUGCAGGUUGUGAUGGGGUCCUGGGCUCUGGGACCCACGAGGACCACUGUGGCCAAUGUGGCGGCAGGAACGGCUCCUGCCUCUUCGUCCAUCGUGUAUUCAGUGAGGCCAGCCCGCCCUCUGGUCAAUCAUACGGCUACUGGAACGUAACCCUUAUUCCCACUGGUGCCCGGCACAUCAGAGUCACUGACCGGAGCCGCAAUUAUCUGGCGCUAAUGGGCAGUGAUGGGCGCUAUGUCUUCAAUGGGGACUGGGCCAUUGACUGGCCAGGGGCCUUCGAGGUAGCUGGGACCCAGGUCCACUAUAGCCGCACCAGUGACCACGUUGAGAGUCUGUGGGCAGUUGGGCCCACAGGUGAAGACCUCCACUUGCAGGUUCUCUUCCAAGAGCCCAACCCAGGCAUUGAGUUUGAGUUCUGGCUGCCAAGGGAUGCCUAUUAUGCCCUGCAGAGCCACCGGAGUCCUCUAAGGCAGCCCCAGACGCGGGAGGUGGAGGUGGGGCCCCAGGAGGCUGCCUCUGCCUGGACCAAGCCAGCCCUCUCCUCUCCGGGCUUCUCUCUCCCUCCAGAGCAGCCCAGUGAUACAGAGACCUGCCAGCCAUGUCCAGGUGCCAAGGGACGGACCCAGCGUCUGCUUCAUUACUGCCGGAGUGACUUUGUAUUCCGAGCCCGGGUUCUGGCAAGGCUCCGUGUGGGUGAGGAGACCCGGUAUGACAUUCAGGUGCAACAUUCGUACAAGAACUGGACCCCGCUAGAGCGCAGGGAGUUCCUCUGGGCCCCAGGGGCCUGCCCCUGUCCCCUGCUGGCCCCUCGAGCAGAGUACCUAGUGGCUGCGCAGCGACACAUCAACUAUGAGGGCACCCUGGACCGGCUGCUGCUGCCCCAUGCUGGCUAUGCCCGGCCCUGGACUCCCAGAGAAGACGCCCGCAUCCAGGAGGUGGCCAGGCGUUGUCCCCAGGCCCCACCACUGGGCUGAGGCUACCUAUGAAACCUCUAGAGAGGGCUACCCUCAGCCCGGUGGACUGCCCUCACGAGAGGACCUGGCUGGGCCCAUUGAAAGUCCCUGGACGGGGCAGAUCUAUUCCACAAUAAUGCUGCCCAGGAUGGUAGAGCUCCAGGAUUCCUCUGGGGCAUGGGCAUAAGGAAGCCAGAUUGGCGUCCUCAUUCUGCCCAUGUAUCCAGGGUUGCCCCAGAGCCAUGAGGACCAGGCCUGGCCUCUGCUUUGUCCCAUGGCCUUCUUCUCCUCCAACCUUCCAGCCUGCAGGGUACCAGAUGGGGAUGCUUAAUCACACACACACACACACACACAC